GCUAUUUUAUCUUGUUAACCCCUCAGUCUAGUGAAAGCUCCAAACUGGGAAUCUUCUCGGAGGACUUGAAAUGGCGAUGGUAUAACAGCCGCAGUUUCAAUUUCAGGCAAUUCGGCGGACGCUUCACUGAGAAUAUUUCCACCACCUUACAGCCAGUAGCUGCUAGUCUCCUCCUGUAAACAUGCAAAGCAUCAGAUAUUCAAUCCUGAAGCACAUGAAGAUCAGAGUACCUAAUACUACAACACAGUUGUUGAUAAAGGAUGAGAAUAUAAUGGAAAAGCUAAGUUGCCAUUUGUGCACAUCAACAGAUACAAGCUCCGACGAAAUAGUUGAUCGAGUGAUUGGAUUGGUUAAGAAGUUCGAUAGAAUUGAUGCCUGUAAGGUUACUGAAACGGCUGAUUUUCAGAAGGACUUAAGCCUGGACAGCUUGGACAGGGUGGAGCUUGUUAUGGCUUUUGAACAGGAAUUCUCCAUUGAAAUCCCAGAUGAAAAGGCAGAUAAGCUUACCUGCUGUGCCGAUGUAGCACGAUACAUAGCUUCUCAAGUAGAGGAAAAUAAAGAGGAGAAACACUGAACGACUUCAGUUUUUCGUCAUACAUCAUCGUGUAAUGCUCAUUAACUAAUGCUUUCUUGUUCGCUAUAUGAACUGAUCUUAUGAUAGUUCAUCUUUUGUUUGGGAUUAGAUCAUCCAUCAGGCUAUGCACUGAUUGUUAAAGAACACACGAUCUCUUUGGCUCCCAAUAGAAUUUUAAGGGUAGAAUUACACCUUGUGAGUAAGUUCAACUGUGUGGAAGACUCGAUGCAGCAUCUGUCGUAUUUGGUAUGAAAUAGAUUGCGGUAUUACAUAA